AUGGUCCAGAUCCUGAUCGUUCUGUUCGCGACGGCCCUGAUUCUUGGGAACAUCAUAUUCUUCCGCCUGGUUAGCAUCCUGUCCCGCCCUGCUCCGUCUUCACGACCACAGCCUUCCGCCUCGAAUCCAACACACAUCCUCAUCGUCCUCGGCUCAGGCGGCCACACUGCCGAGAUGCUCAAUAUCCUCUCCCAAGCGCACUGCCUCCAACUCGACUUCACAUACCGCACGUACGUUGUGUCCUCAGGCGACGCCUUCUCCUCCUUGAAAGCCCACGAAUUCGAAAAAUCACUCCUGGCCGAUCUCUCGAAUACUCCUGGAAUAGCCGUCCCUGAGGAGACAUUGACAAAUUACGACGUCGUCACCGUCCACCGAGCAAGACGGGUCCAUCAAAGCAUUCUCACGACACCUUGGACAAGUCUCAAAUGUCUGCUGGACUGCAUCGACGUUCUAAACGGCACACACCGGGAUCUGCAAACCUCUACGAAGCAACGUGGGUAUCCCGAUCUGAUCAUGACCAACGGGCCAGGCACGGGGGUCAUUGUCGUGCUCGCGUCGAUAAUUCUGUUGUUCUUUGGACGUUCCGGUCCUCGUCAAGGUAAAUCAGGAGGAGCCGCUCCUGGGGGUGGAACGGGCUUGCGAUCGGACCCCUUUGCACAAUGCGGCCAGAUGCGAACAAUUUUUAUUGAAAGCUUUGCUAGAGUCAAGACAUUGAGUCUGAGCGGACGACUGCUGAAACCCUUGGUCCAUCGCUUUAUAGUCCAGUGGCCAGACUUGGCAAAGUCACAAAAUACCAAAGUCGAGUACAUCGGUUCAUUAGUUACAUAG